CCUAGAAAACCCUCCUUCGAGCUCCGGAGCUAUUUCGUAUACAAUACAGAGAGCUUCGUGUUCCCGAAGAUGCGGCCACUCGAUGAGAACGAGACGACUGUUGUCUUCGAGAAGCUCUUCAAAUUUGUUGGAAACAAUCUCAAGAACAUCGUGGAUAACCCAUCUCACGAAGGACCUGAAACGGAUCCGGGUCGAUACUGCUUCCGGCUCCAGAAGACCAAGGUCUUCUACGUCAGCGAAUCGCUCGUGAAGCGCGCAACGAAUGUCUCUCGGAAAAACCUCGUAUCCCUCGGGACUUGCAUCGGGAAGUACACCCAUGGGGGGAGUUUUCACCUGACGAUCCAAUCGUUGAAUCUCCUCGCUGCGAAUGCGAAGCACAAGGUAUGGCUCAAACCCACUUCGGAGAUGUCGUUUUUGUACGGGAAUCAUGUGUUGAAAGGCGGGUUGGGGAGGAUCACAGAGAGUAUUGCUCCUGGAGAUGGGGUUGUCGUGUUCUCGAUGUCGGAUGUUCCUUUAGGGUUUGGGAUCGCGGCUAAGAGUACUCAGGACUGUCGGAAACUGGACCCGAAUGGCAUCGUUGUUCUUCAUCAGGCGGAUAUCGGAGAGUACCUGAGGGAUGAAGAUGAGCUUUGAAAAGGGCAGAGAUUGAAGAUUUUCACGAAAUUUCUGCGAUUAUGUAACUUGGGUAUUGCUAGAUUUCACUUGUUUUGAGUUUUUGGAGGUAUGUAACUGUUACAAGUUUUGUGAAACAUGGUGCUGCAGCUAUGAAAGUUCUGGUUUUUAUGAAUCUAUGCGAGUUGUUGUGGUUGUGUA